CAUUGGAAAUUAUAGUUUUCGGAAAAUGUCGAAGUUUCGUCUCUUAGUUUAUAAUCAUUUAUAUACGGUGCACGAUGUUGUCCAAAACACUCUCUAAUUUUGUACGACAUAUGAUAUUAAAAAAUAAACGAUUAUUUCAUACAUACGCAAUAGCACCGAUAUUUAAUUAUAAACAAUAUAAUUUAUGUCCAAAUUACUCAUAUUUACAGCAAACUCCUAAUUUUAUUACACAGAAAAGAUGGAAAAGCAAAAAAACGAAGAACCAUAAAGAUGAUGACAGUGAAGACGAAGAAAGUGAAGACGAAAAGGACUUCACAGAUGUAGAUGAUUAUUUAAAAACUGCGCAGUCAAAAGUAAUUGAUAUUAAUGUACCUUCUCCUCGGUUAGAUAUUGUUGCUAAAGAAGGAUUUGGAAUGUCACGUGCCAAGAUAGAUCAAGCAUAUUAUGACAAUAAGAUACGCAUCAAUGGAAAGAAAUGUUUAAAGAAAAGUGUAAUGGUUAGGGUUGAAGAUGAAAUUGAUCUCAUAAUUGACAGAAGAAAUACAUUCUUAACAGUACAUCGUUGUACUAUAUUAAUGGUUAAUGUAAGUGAAGGAAGCACCAAAAUAAAAUUACUUAGAAAUAAAUCCUUACUAAUUGAGGAUUAUGAUUUAAAGAAUGCUAUAUCAUGAUUACUAUUUUCAAGAAAUAUUGGCAGCUAAGUGGGAUUGUUGGCACUGAAAACAGUAUUUUAUAAUAUCACUGAAAUAUAACGUAUGUACAACUGGACAUGAAUGCAGCAGUUUUAACGCUUCAACGCAAUUGUCUAUUUGCUCUGGACUUGGAUUUAAAUCCAUUUUUCUGAAUGGUUCUGAAAUUACUACUUGCCAUCCUAACAAGUAGCCAUUACAAUUUACAAUCACACUUAUGUUUCGCACUUGUAAUAAAAUCUUUUUUAGUUCAUUAAUCUAAAAAAGGAUAAUAGUAAUAAUAGUAAUAAUAGUAAUAAUAGUAAUAAUAAUAAAAUAUAAUAAAUUUUACAGUUGUAAGUUAUGCAUAUGUGAUUUUAUACAUAUAAACUCUUACCAUUAAAAAUUUAGCUAAUUGCGUUAAAUUUUUAUCCCAUAAGGUAUAUUCGUAUACUUCAAAGUCUAUACAUAUUUGGGCAAUAAGAAUAAGUGCUUGUUGCGAAUAAUUUUGUGUCUUCCAUAAUAUUUGUACUAAUUCAUGCUUGGAACUUGUUUCAAAUGUAUGUACAUUGUAUCCAACUCCUAAUGAUUCUAGUCUACCUAUAUACUUUAGAGACUUCAUAUAUUCUCUGAAUACCAAAUGUUCCAGCAUAUUAAAUAAUAGAACAAUUGAGUUACAAACAUCGUAUAAUUAAAAACAAAUGUAUAUACAUAUAUACGCACCUAAUUGUUUGAAUAUCGCGUUUAGUUAAAUCUUCUAAUUUAGAAGCAUCAAGUAUGGUUUGCAAUACACAUAGAGCUCUGUAACGAACUUCAGGACUGUGAUCUUCAUUAUUUUCGCAGAAACCUAUAUUUAUUAGAAAAUUUGCUGACAAUUCAAGAUCUCCAUACUCCAGAAUAUAACACAGUCUGGAAAUACAUUAUGUGUAUUGAAAGAUUUCGAAGAGUAUAAAAAUUAAUUUUUCGACUACAACUCUAUACCUUAAUAAAUUAUCAUCAGAAUUCGAAUUUGGUUCAGAAUUUGUUACCAUUGAAAACGUGUCCGUUAUACUUUGAUUAAAUUUCAUAUACUUAAUAUCUGGCUGUAACCAUUCUUGCAACAAUUCCAUUCGCAAUUUAACUAUAUUAAUUGAACAUAGUUCACUGAUCGCUUUAACUGCAGAAUUUAUAUCUGGUCUAUGAUCUGUAAUGUAUCGAUAUCUUUGUGGUAUGCUUUCGUCUGUAUACAAUUCACGAACUAACUUGUAUGGAUUUCCAAUCAAUGAUAAAUAAUUUGAGGUUCCUAAACCAUGUGUACGUAAGAUAUGUUCUGAUGUAAAGUGUAAAUACUUGAAUUUUAUUUUCUAAAAAGAAUCGUGAAAAAUAAGUUAAUGCGUUUAAAUAUUAUGUGAAUUGAAAGAAGGGAACAUACCUCAAGCAUUCCUUCUUCAAACUUAGUAGAUUUCUGAACAGAUAGUAGAGCAUAUUUAUAACAUUCUUCGACAGCUGCUACUUGAUCAGCACCUAGUAAAUAAGAGAAUUUUUUUAUUUGAAAAAUGUAGAAAGUAAUUUAUAGUCAUAAAAUCUCAAAAUACCUGGAGGUGUAUGAUUGACAACAUAAUAUAACGCUGCUGUGCUAUAAUAUAAUGCAUUCGGUCCAGUCAUCUGUUCUAUACAUUUUUUUAUAUCGUUUAAUAAACUACUGUUUUUCGGACAGAGACUCCAUUUGUUUGUUUUGUGUUUAUUUCCCCAUGUACGUGUUAUUUCUCCUUUAAUGGCUAGUGUACAUAUGAUAUGGGGUUGUAAUUUAAGAAUAGGCGCUAUAUCCAACCACUUUUUGUAACUUUUUAAAUUCAAUUCUGGAGCUAAAAUAGACAAACUAAUGAAAUAUGUAUAACAUACAAUAUACAUGAUAAAUGAUCUAUAAUCUGUAUAAAGAAUGUAAAAUUAAAAAAUGUUUUACUUAUAAAAGUCCAUAAUUCAAUUUUAGGCAAAAAAGGUAAUCGCCAUACAGAUAUAGGUGGUAGAGAUGUAUAUCUUGGAUUAAGAUGCAUCCAUUCAUCGCGUUCUAUUUGCGUCGGUUGACUGAUAAUAAUUGGAAAAAUAGAAUUACAUGUACAAUCCAUACAAUGUAAUGGAUUAUUACAUACGAAACUUGUUUAUUACCCUUACCUAUUUCGAGUAUAAUUUUGUAGGAAACAAAAGUAAUUUCUAUGUUCAAUAUUUUUGUCUUCUAUAAGAUCCAUAAGGAUUAUAAAUAUU